GCGGAAGUAGGCUGUACUGUUAGCAGAGGAUGAGACCUGUCUGGCGACCGUACCGGGAAAAGAGGUGUGAGCUCGGGGAUUGAACAUUCAGGUGAAGAUGGAUGAUUCAGAAACAUGAUCCUCUAAGAUCCGUUUCGACUCCAACAGUUUCGGUUCAUUUCUGACCUGUCUUGGGUCCCGUUAAAACAGGGACUGAUCGAGAAGGAGCUUUUUGGAGGUAUGGGUGCUCUACACUCCUCACCUGGUCAACCAGAAUACGUUGGUCUGGCGGAAAAGACGGGAUUUUCAUUCGAACAGAUUGGAGUCCUACAUAAAAGAUUCAAGCAGCUGAGCCACAGUGAAGAAACUCUGCAGAGGGAUCACUUCAAUGAAAUCCCAGAUCUAGCAUGCAAUCCCAUCCGUUCCCAGAUCAUAGAGGCCUUCUUUGACAGAAGAAACUUUCGUCAGAAUGGUGAGGGUACGGUUGAGGAGAUCGGCUUUGAGGAGUUCCUGGUGGUCAUGUCCCAUUUCAGGCCCCCGUCACUGCACGUGACACAGGAACAGCGUGAGGGUGUCAGGAGGGAGAAACUGAGAUUUUUAUUCAACAUGCAUGACACAGACAACGAUGGGACGAUAACCCUCGAGGAAUACAGACAUGUGGUGGAGGAGCUGUUAUCUCUCAGCGAGGUAAUGGAGACGGACACGGCCAAAAGCAUUGCUGAUGCAGCCAUGUUGGAGGUGGCCAGUAUUUCAAUGGGUCACAUGGAACCUGAUGAAUUCUAUGAGGGAAUCACAUUUGAGCAUUUCCUCAAGUUGCUGAAUGGCUUUGAAAUUGAAUCAAGAAUGAACAUUCACUUUUUGAAUAUGGAUACAACAACAUUAUGUAAGUGAGGUUUGUACACUAUGCAGUGACUCUGGGAAACGCAUAAAUAUGUUUUCACUAUAACAGUAACUAUCUGCUGUUUCCUACACCAGUUUGUCGCUUGAAUUAAAUAUAUGCCUUACUCCUUGUUUGAAGAACUAUGCAAAUUCAAAGGAAAUGUGUAUACUGCAGAUGUAUUAGGAGUAGUUCAGUUGAUUGUAACCGAUAAUAUGAGAUAUUUAGUCAAAUAAGCCUGUUAGUAGUUGGACUAAGCAAUAAUCAAAUAUCCAUGUCUAGAGUAGCAGGCAGUAUGCAUGCAAAUAUGGGUGCCUGAAGAACCUUUAAAAAUGUUAAUGCCAUAAAUCAAUAAUCUUAAAAAUCAGGGCUAUAAAGGUUUGUCUUUAAAUAGAUCUAUAUUUGUCUAAUAAUAGUAAUGCAAUAAUUUGAAAUGCCUAUUAUUCAUGUUAAACAUAUGACACUUAGUGCAUGCUCUGCGCACUAUAUUUGCACAAUAAAAGACCCCAUGAAACCGA